GGGGCUAGAUUACCUAUUCAUGUUUUUAGACGCAUGUUUCCAGCAGCACUCAGUAACAGGACACACACACAGUUGGUCAUUUUGCUGCCUUGCUCUUGGUUACAGAACUGUUCCUGAGAUCAUAACAAGGUUCUCCGUGUCCUCUAUGACAGAGCUUCAGCUCUUCAGCAUCUGUGUGGCAGAUGCAGAAAUCAUUGUUCAGUGAUGAAAAGCAAGCUGCUGUGAGGCUGGUUUGUGAUUUCAGGUUUUGAUGUACAGGUGAGCAAACACUCUCAGACUGCUGCUGUUCCACUACACUGCAGUGAAGAGCUGGUACAUGCUGUGCCCAAACUCCUCAGGAACAUUUAAGCAGAACGAGCGCUAGUUCUUUAAAUUACCACCAUCAUCAUCAUCAUCAUCAUCAUCAUCAUCAUCAUCAUCAUCAUCACCAUGGGUGUGAUGGCUGAUCCCCAAACCAUCAACUGCCCCUCAGUCACGUCGCUCGUCACCCAGAGCUCCAUUCCUUCUCUACCUCGCACUCUUUCGAGACCAGGUGACCGUCCCCGGGCGCUGUGGCCGCCACUAGACUUCACUCUGGGUUCUUUGGCCUGCUGCGGCGCCUGUGUGUUCACCAACCCACUGGAGGUCGUGAAGACUCGUCUGCAGCUGCAAGGGGAACUGCAGGCACGUGGAUCAUACCAUCAGCACUACCGAGGGGUGCUGCAGGCUCUCUGGCUGGUUGGUCGAACUGACGGAUUACGAGGCCUGCAGAAAGGCCUCGCCGCUGGCCUGCUCUAUCAGGGGCUAAUGAACGGCGUCCGGCUCAGCUUUUACUCCUACACUCAGGUCUCAGGGAUCACCGAUGUGCCAGGGGGAAACAUAGCCUCAGGGGCAACUGCUGGAGCUUUAGGGGCCUUCAUCGCAUCUCCUGCUUACCUGGUAAAGACACACCUACAGGCACAGACUGUGGAGGCCAUCGCUGUGGGUCACCAGCACAACCACCAGGGAAUCUCCAGCGCUUUCGCUUCCAUCUACAGGCGUGAGGGUGUGAUGGGUCUGUGGCGGGGCGUGAACGGUGCCGUGCCCAGGGUCAUGGUGGGUUCGGCAGCUCAGCUCGCCACCUUCAGCUCAGCCAAAGAAUGGCUCAUAAACACACAGUGCCUCGGUCAUGACAGCUGGAUCAUCGCUCUGGUGGCGGCCAUGGUCAGUGGUGUCGCCGUGGCGAUCACUAUGACUCCGUUCGACGUGAUCAGCACGAGACUUUACAACCAGCCUGUGGACGAGUUGAAGAAGGGUCAGUUCUACACCGGGUUCCUGGACUGCCUGAUGAAAGUGAGUCGUGCUGAGGGGGUUCUGGGUCUGUAUAAGGGAAUGGGUCCUGUGUUCAUGCGCCUGGCGCCUCACACUGUGCUCAGCAUGCUGCUGUGGGAUGUCAUGAGGCAAAAAGCUCUGCAGCACUACGCGCUCUGAGGAGAUCCAGAGCUCUGCCUCCAUCAUCGUUACUGUUCCUCAUCACACAGCUCUGGGUUCCUCUGUCCUGCAGCAGGAGGUUCAGGAGCCUCACACGCAGGGACCGUAAACUGAACUAUGUAAACUUGAGGAAACGUCUGCAGGUCUUCUGGUCACUGUCGAGUCCGGAUCCUCGUCAUGAGAACACAUGAUGGACACCUGAUGAUAUCAUGACUGAACAGAGAGAAUCAUCACAGGCAUCAACAUUUCCCUCAGAUGUGAUCACCACUGACUAACUGACGAAGUUCACCAUACGAUUAUGUGUGUGUGUGUGUGUGUGUGUGUGUGUGAUGGACAGGACAUUGUAAUUCUCUAUGUGAUGCUGCUUCAGACUGAUGUUUUAUUGUGAUGAAAAGGCUCCAGUUUGUAAACAAGACUGCUGCAGCCUGAAAGUAACCCGUCUGAAGCCCAGUGGCCUUCAGUCAGACUCGUGUGUGUGAGUUUGUGUGUGAGUUUGUGUGUGUGUGUGUGUGUGUGUGUGUGUGUGUGUGGUGUUAAACUAAUCUCUCGUCAUUUUAAGUAAGAAGAUUAAUCUGAUCUAUAAAUCUAUAAAGUCCUGAAAUAAAAAAAACAAAUGAAUAUAUGCAUUUUUUAAAAAUGCUUAUUUAAAAUAUUUUUAUCUUUUCAUAAUAGAUAAAAGUACGGAGGGAAUAAUAAUAUUUCUCAUUUCCCAUUUUAAACUUUAGCUCUUACAUUAACCGUGUGACUGGGACGAGAUUUCUGUUUAUCAUCUUGUUUUAUUUUUUCUUUACUGAUCUACAGAAUAUUCUACAAAAAUACUGGAGAAUUUUUUUUAGCUUUUCGAGGUUAGGUUUAUUAUUUAAAUGAUUUGUGUAGAAAUAAAUAAUAAAUAUGUAUUAUCAUAA